AUGUCCGACGUAACUGACGACAAGGAAACGCACGCUAUAGGACUUAGUGAAGAUGCCCGCGAUGACGACCUCAACUUCAACCCGUCGCAGCAGCGCAACAUCGUCCACCGGGUUGACCGACGAUUGAUCGUGAUGCUCGGAUUCCUGCACAUGACCUCGUUGAUUGACCGUGGCAACAUCGGUACGGCUGCAGUCGCAGGAAUGACUAGUGAAUUGCAUCUUGUUGGGGCGCGAUAUAACAUAAUCGCGGUUGCAUUCUUUCCAACUUAUAUAUGCCUACAGCCUUUUGGCCCCGUUAUGAUACGAAAGAUUGGUCCUGUGAAUUACUUGACGGGCGUCUGUUUUCUUUGGGGAGUUGUCAUGCUAUGUGGUGGCUUCGUCAAAGUCUGGUCUCAGAUGGUUGGGAUUCGGAUCAUCAUUGGCGCAUUGGAAGCUGGCUUCUUUCCUGCAUCUCUCUAUUUAAUCGCAACGUGGUAUACGCGAUAUGAAAUUCAAAAGCGAUAUGCCAUCUUCUACUUGCUUGGAUGCGUUGCUGCUGCAUUCACUGGGCUUCUAUCGUACGGAAUAACAUUUAUGCACGGUCUAGGAGGUCUCACGGCCUGGCGAUGGAUAUUCGUCAUCCAAGGCCUGCUCACAUGCACAAUCGCGACAGUCGGUUAUUUCGUCCUCAUAGAUUUUCCAGACAAAAUGAUGAGUCGCAAGCAGAAACUCUUCUCCCAAACAGAAUACGAAUUCAUCAUUCAGCGUAUUGAGCACGACCGCUCAGACACGACAGUCGAAUCAUUCAAUCUACGGCGAUAUUUGGCCGCUGCACUAGACCUCAAUAUCUGGUUAUUCGGCUUCAUCUACUUCUCCACCACGACCACGGCAUACGCGAUUUCUUAUUUUCUGCCUAUAAUAUACCAACGCGGGAUGGGAUUUUCGACGGGAACUUCUCUAUGCCUAUUUGCGCCUCCAUAUGCCGCUGCGGGCAUUGUGAUGUUUGCUACUUCGUGGAUUGGGGAUAGAUAUCGGAUUCGUGCGCCGCUGAUCAUCUUUAAUGCUCUUCUUACUAUAAUCGGACUCCCGUUGAUGGGUUUUGCAAAAGGUAAUACACCGCGUUUAGUGGGCGCAUUUCUGACCACGAUAGGCGCAAACUCCAAUGUCCCAGCCGCGAUGGCAUACCAGGCAAACAACGUCCGCGGUCAGUGGAAGCGAGCCAUGUGCAGUGCUGUGUUUGUCGGGCUGGGAGGAUCCGGCGGAAUGACAGGAUCGUUGAUUUUUCGAUCUCAGGAUGCGCCGACAUAUCAUCCAGGGAUUCUGACGUGCAUUGGGCUAUCUGGGCUAAUCGUGGUAUUGACUUGUCUGCUCUCCAUCCGCCUUCAUCGACAGAAUCUGAAGGUUGAUCGGGGAGAAUUGGUCAUUGAGAAUCUCCCUGGAUUUAAGUACACCCUGUGA